AUGUGGGCAGGUCACUACUGUCUAGAAGGCAGUGAAACCGCAGUGCCAUGUCCCAGAGGAAUGUUCACGCCGAGUUUUUGGGCCAAGCACAUCAACGACUGUAUCAGCUGCCCUCCACACCACUAUGCUCCCAUUGAGGGUCUGUCUGCCUGUCUGCCCUGUGGAUCCAGAGCACAACAGCCUCUACCUGGGCAGGAAAAAUGUGCAUGCCAAGUAGACGGCCAAGUCUUCCAGGCCAGCGAUGGGCAGUGUCACUGCGCUCUGGGGUACCAAUCUACCCAAAAAGGGGAUGCCUGUGAGCUAAAGAUAUACGAGAUAUGCAAAGAUGGAAAAACACGAGAUCAGUAUGGCCGGUGUCUGGAUCACAGGCAGUGGAAACACCUUUGUUCUUAUGAGGUGUGUGCGUCUCCAGAGCUGUAUGAAGGCUUCGAUGCCUCUCUGGGUCUGUGUGUCUGCAAAAGUUUGCCUGAUUCAGGAAGAAAAGGUGGCUUCUAUGGGUUCCUCCACACUAUCCCAGCAGGAGUGCGGAUGUCGAUUUUGGAAGGUGAUCAAGUGAAGGACAGUUUGUCUGAGAUCUCAGACAGACACAGCAUGGGUAAGGUGUUACUUAAAGGCAGUUAG